CUCUUCAACCGACUCAACUGGCUGGAAUGAAAAUAGCUCGUCAUGUCUAUCGUCACUUUCGUUUGCGUGUGGAAUGGAAGCAUUACAGCACGCCAAUGGCAGCCCCUUUCUUACCUUAGCCGCUUAAGAGGAUAAGGCCACCACCGUCUAUAAAGUUGCAACAGCUUCAUGCCAACCCACUGCAUGAGAGCAAGAUGGCGGAGGUGGCGGGGGAGCCCCACGUGCUGAUAUUUCCUUUUCCGGCCCAAGGUCACGUGCCAACGAUGCUCAAGCUGGCCGAGCUCUUCUUGCUGGCUGGUCUCCGCAUCACCUUCAUCAACACCGAACGCAUCCACCGCCGGCUCCUCCUCAACUCCCCCACCCUCCCGCCGCUCGCCCGACUCCCCCGGUUCCGGUUUCGGACCAUUCCCGACGGACUCCCGGAGGAUGAUCGUCGAGCCUCCGUCCCGUUGCAAGAGCUCGAGGAGUCCAUCCGCACUCGGUCCAGGGAGCCGUACAGGGAUUUGCUGGCCCCGGCCGGCCGGGAUCCUGACGAAUGGCCAUCAGUGACGUGUGUGGUGGCCGACGGAAGCCUGCCGCUUUCGUGGGAGGUGGCGGAGGAGGUGGGGAUCCCGGUGAUCUUCUUUAGGACGAGCAGUGCUUGCGCCUUCUGGGCUUAUUAUCGCAUCCCCGAUCUCAUCAAGGGCGGAGAGAUUCCAUUCCCAGAGGAGGCUGAUUGGGACGAGAAGGUACGAGGCGUGCCAGGGAUGGAAAGCUUUCUACGACGGAGAGACCUCCCAAGUUUUUGUAGAAAUGCCAAGACAACAUCUGAUCGCGGUCUCCAGUCCGUGGACAACGCCACUGCAAGCACAAGGCGAGCGAGAGCUCUCAUUCUCAACACCUUCGAGUCCCUCGAGGGCCCCGUCCUCUCGCACAUCCGUUCCGCCAUUCCCAUCACCUACGCCCUCGGGCCUCUCCAUCUUCUUGUCAAAACCUUCGAGAAUGGUGGUUCAUUUGUUACGAUCAACUCUGUCAGACUUUCGCAAGAAGACCGCUCCUGCAUGACAUGGCUCGACUCUCAGCCGCCGAGGUCCGUCGUCUAUGUUAGCUUCGGAAGCGUUGCAGUGAUGUCGAGGGAAGAGCUGAUGGAGUUUUGGCACGGGUUGGUGGACAGUGGUGAGCGCUUCUUAUGGGUGCUGCGAUCGGAUUUGGUCGAAGGGAAGACAGGGGAGGCAGUACCGGCCGAGGCGGAGGGAACGAGAGAGAGGGGGUGCAUUGUGGGUUGGGCACCCCAGGAAGAGGUGCUGUCCCACCCGGCCGUAGGAUGCUUCUUGACCCACAGCGGGUGGAAUUCGACGCUGGAGAGCGUGUCGGCAGGUGUUCCAAUGAUAUGCUGGCCUUGCUUUGCGGACCAGCAGAUAAACAGUAGGUUUGUCAGCGACGUGUGGAGGAUCGGGGCGGACAUGAAGGACAAAUGCGAGAGAAGCAUUGUGGAGAAAAUGGUAAGGGACGUGAUGGUACGGGAGAGGGCAGAGCGGCUGAGGACGUCGGCAAUGGAGAUGGCGGAACUUGCGAGGAGGAGCGUGGCCAAAGGAGGGUCGUCUUACAGGGACUACUGGAGUUUGGUCGAACACAUUAGAGCCAUUAGUUCAAAUGGGCAGCAGAAAUAAGUGCCAUUCAGCACAGGACUUUAUUAAUGUUGUUGCUUGUUACAACUAUUUCUGUCUUAAGCAUAACAAGAGCAGGGUCUGACAUAGCCAUUUAAUAAUCCAGGUUGCAUGCAUGUAUAGUCACUUUCGAACCAUUUAACAAGUCAAUUUUCUAGUUUCGCCAA